UCAUGCUGCUGCCAGGUCCAGAGUCUCUCAUGGGUCCCUGUACGGCCUCCCAUUGCUGCUGUCUCCAUCGCCACACUCUGCCAUGUGCCACUUUCAGGUCUCCUCACACUGCUGGUGUGUUCCAUUUUGUCAUAGGGUGCUGGCAGAUUACGGGCCUCCCAUUGCUGCUGCCAGGCCCGUAAUCUGCCAUGGGCCCCCGUACCGCCUCCUCAUGCUGCUGCCAGGUCCAGAGUCUCUCAUGGGUCCCUGUACGGCCUCCCAUUGCUGCUGUCUCCAUCGCCACACUCUGCCAUGUGCCACUUUCAGGUCUCCUCACACUGCUGGUGUGUUCCAUUUUGUC